AUGGAAGAGCCACAACCAGAUUGGUCGACAUGGACGGGUGAUUCGAUGGUUCGCAUCAACAACCAUUGUCUCUUUACCUCGGCCAGCGGACCUCCCCGCACCCCAUCAGAUCCACUAGUGGUUAUCGUCGCGGGCGCCGGCGAUGUCACAUCAUCGUAUACAGCCCUCGCCCCUCUUGUAGCCAAAUUUGCUCGUAUACUUCUAUACGAUCGUUCGGGAUUAGGGCGCAGUGAGCCUGGCCGCCCCGAUGGAUCACCCAUCAUCGCAGCCAAAGAACUACACCGUCUACUCCACACAAUGCAACUGUCUCCACCUUUAUUACUAGCCGGCCACUCCUACGGGGGAAUAGUGGCCCGAGAAUAUCUCCACCUGUACCCCGGCGACGUGGCUGGGAUGGUUCUGUUGGACAGUGCCACAGAGCGACAAAGCGACUAUUUCCGGGUUCCAGAUCUCAGAAUCAGCGCCGUGCAGGGAGAUCUUAAUUUCGCCCAGGUGACAGGGCUUCGCGCUGACACUGUGCUAUCUCGAGAUGAGUGGCGGGUGCGUGCGAUUGAUAUGGCCCGCGGAGCUGAGGCGGCACAGGCGGAGGCGAACUCAUUCGUGUCAGCCUGCCGUUCGUUGGCGGGAAAAAAGCAGUUGGAUGGGCAGGCGAUGGGAUCGAGGCCCGUGAGUGUGAUUCGUUGUAAUAGCGCCAGGGACUAUGAGCGUAUCUACCAGCGAGGCGUGGAGGUGGGGAAUGGAUCAGUCCAGCAACAGAAAGAGUUUCGUGAGUUGCUUGAUCGCUGGCCGCGCAUUGAUCAAGAUCUUCAAGAAGACCAGCUGAGACUUUCUUCCUUCACCCGCCUUGUGCAUUUACCGGACUGUGGGCAUAAUGUCCACCUCGUGCGGCCAGACGUGGUGGCUGGAGAAAUCCAUUGGGUGUUGAAGCAGUUGGGGCCCCAUGCUGUGCAGAAGCUCUGA